AUGAAUAGCACCAUUAAGAUUACGAUUUAUUUUAUAUGUAUCUUGGUACUUUUAGCUGUGCAUUGCAAUGCAUUCAUAGGUAAAAAGUCAGACCGCUCUGGUGGCAAACAUGGUUGUGUUCGUCUUGGUGGCAUCUGCAAUAGUAGUUCCGAUUGUUGUGGCCACGAUGAUCCCGUGAGUGGCCAUUGUGUGGUUUGUAAUAGCUUUUGGGCUAGUCUCACUGGCAGAGGACAUGAUAAAUGUGCCUGCAUUUAUCAUUCUGCUAGUGUUCAUCGUGAUACUCAACCUGGCACUAGUAAAGCUUGCAAUGGUCCCGAUCGAUCUGGUAAGAGCGUUUGUCGUGUAUAUGAUACUUCUCCUGGUAAAAGUAAUCGUCGUGACAAGAAGCCCGUUUAG